AUGGCUUCGUCUGGGACAACAACCGCCCCCUCGGUUCCACCAUCUCUCUCUCUCCCUCCCUCGCAAUUCGCCCGCCUGCAACCUCAUGCUUACCUCCUAGCCCACCUUUCCCCUCCCUCCGCCAGCAACCAGCCCUCAAUUCGCGCGAAUGGCCGCGCCCCUUCUCAAUUCCGAGUCACGUCCGCUAAUGCGGGCUCAUUGACCCACACAAACGGUAGCGCUGUUGUCCGUAUUGGCGAUACAGCUGCUGUGUGCGGCGUUCGAGCCGAGCUCCUACACACAGAGGAUAUCGCCUCGUGGAGUGUCUCGCAAGCCACAAAUGCCAACAAACGUCGCCGCCUAGCAGACUCCAAAGAGGAUGAAACCGAUGCCGAUGAUGAGGAUGAGGAAGAUCGAUCCCAUAUUCAAGACCUGAAUUUGCUCGUCCCAAAUCUCUCUUUAAGCACCGGAUGUGCCCCAGGCUUUAUCCCAGGUGCUGCGCCCUCUGCACUCGCUCAAUCACUUUCGCAACAGAUCCUUUCUCUCCUGCACAGUACACGCCUGGUUCAGGCUGAUGACUUGCGCGUCUGGUAUCAGCCACCUAACCUUGGGCCGGAAGAGCCCGAGCGACACAAUGAGGAGGAACAGAUGGAGGUGGAUUCUGGAAAGAGUGAAACCCCCAGUGAAAGCAAGCCUCGGGAGAUCAAGGGAUUCUGGGUGCUUUAUAUCGAUGUCAUGAUGAUUUCCCUCGCUGGUAAUGCCUUCGACGCCGCAUGGGCAUCGAUUCUUGCUGCUUUGCGCGACACGAAGCUUCCUAAGGCCUGGUGGGAUGUUGAUAAUGAGACAAUCCUUUGUUCGGAUGACGUUUCUGAUUGCCGCAGGCUCUCCUUGCGCGGCCUCCCGGUGGCUAGUUCAUUCUCGGUCUUCGAGGCAGAUGCCGCAGCGGGCUGGCGGGCAGUUGUUAUCUCCGAUACAGAGACCGAUGAUCAGAAGCACAAGAACUCUCAGCAAAAGUGGAUCCUCGCAGAUCCUGAUGGUUAUGAAGAGGGACUGAGCCAAGAGCGAGCCUGCCUUGUGGUUGAUAAGGAAAAUGGAGGAAGGGGCAAGCUUGUCAUUGUCAAGAUGGAGAAGCACGGGGGCUGGACGAUCGAUCGUGGUGACCUUAGGCAAUUGGUGGACAUUUCAAGCCAGAGGUGGGACGAAAUGAAGCGGAUAUUAGACCAAUGUUGA